AUGAGCAAUGAAGGUAACAGCUCAUUGUGGGAUUUAAAACGAGCUAUAACAAGAUGUAAAUGGGCUGCGCCCAGUCCAUUACUUUCUCCACGUGCAAUAAAAGGUCGAACAACAGUUGAAUUAAUAAAGAGAGACAAUUGUUCGCUUGGUUUAACAAUUUCAGGUGGAAUUGAUAAGGAUGGUAAACCAAAAGUAGCUCAACUUAAAACAAACUCCAUAGCACAAAAAGCUGAUGUAUUAGAAAUUGGUGAUAUUAUACUUGGUAUUAAUAGUAUUAAAACAGCUGGUCUUAAACAUGAACAAAUUAUAGAAUUAAUUAAACAAGUUGGAGAUCAAUUAACAUUAGAUAUUGAAUAUGAUUUACCUAAAUGGCCUAUACAUGCAAUUAAUACAGUACAUACAAAAACGAUUCAAAUUCAAUUGGAAAAAGAAGGACAAAGUUAUGGUUUUAUUUUACGUGGUGGAGCGUCGGAUGACAAGGUCAAAACAAGACCACUUAUUAUUACAAAGAUACGUCCACAAGGACCGGCUGAUAAAGAAGGUACGAUUAAAAUUGGUGAUCGAAUUUUAGCUAUUAAUGGAAUAAAUGUUGGAGGUGCUACAUUACAUGAUGCAUAUAAUCUUAUGAGACAAUGUCGAGGUACAACAUUAUUUCUUAUUGAAUACGAUGUUGCUAUUGUUGAAAGUGUCAAACAUGCAACUGGUUCAUUAUUAAUUGAAAUUGAAAAAUCUCCUGGUUCAACAAUUGGUAUAAGUUUAACACAAAGAUGGAUACGAAGUAAUCGUUCAAUUAUUAUUAUUGAUAAUAUUAAGCCUGCAAGUAUUGCUGAUCGUUGCGGAGCUCUUCAUUGUGGCGAUCAAAUUAAUGCAAUUGAUCAAAAAUCAUUUGAUACAAUGUCAUUAACAGAAGCAAAUACUAUAUUACGUUCAUGUACAGGUGAUUUCUGUCGAAUUGAAGUUACACCAUCAAAUAUAAUUGUUGAACAAACAAAUGAAAUACGUCUACAUUCGCCAACAAAUCGAACUUUUUUAAAUGAAACUAAUCGUCAAUCAUUCUAUCGUACACCAUCAAAUAAUCUCUUAUCAAUGAAUAAUAAUAAUAACAAUUGGUCAAUGAGAAAUAGUUAUCAAAGUCUUCCAAAAAAAUCAAUGCAUAAAGCUCGGCAUAAUUCAAUUAGUCUUAGGUCACUGGAUAGAUUAUCUACUUCUACAAACAACAAAACAUCUCCAUCGGUGAUGAAAAUGUAUAAUCUUCGUGAGUUAGGCUCGUUGAAUUCAUGUUAUCAAAUGGUGAUGAGCAAUCAAAUGUGCCAUACAGAAAUAAUGGAAUGUGCACUUCGACUUGAUUCAUCAUCAUCAUCACAACAUGGAAAUAGUACAGAUAGUGAAACCAUAGGCAAUUUUGGUUUUACACUCCAGGGUGCUUCUUUUGCAUCGGAUGUUUUGAUGCAACCGCCUGUUAUUGGAUAUUUAGAACCAGGUGGCGUCGCUGAAAGAUCGAGUAUACUUCAACCAGGUGAUCGUGUUCUUGCUAUUAAUGGUCAACAAUUAGAAGGUAUGACAUUAGAAGAUGCUCGGUCAAUAAUAAAAGAAUCAAAUAAUCAAAUUCAUCUUGAAAUUGAAUUUGAUGUAGUUGGUAAUUAUUUC